AGAAAAAAAAGAAGACCUAAAGAAAAGGGAAAACAUUGACAGUCAGAGUUUAAAUAGUUCAGGGGGCAGAGUCAGCAAGUCCUAUCUGGGACUGCGCACACAGCUAGGGGAGCACGUCGCAUUGGAGAGCUUUUCCACCCCAACCCAGCAAAUUUAGAUCCAUCCUCAAAAAUAGCCAGGGAACAAGGUAUAAUUGGUUUCACAGACAACAUAUUCUCAUGCUGUGAUUUAUUUCGUAACGUCUAGUGAGUGUCAUCACGCCGCGCUCAAAGCCUCGGAGCUGGCAUUCGGCGAGGGCCCAGAGAAUGAAAAUUACCAGCUUCCCUCUGAUGAAUCACUGCUUUGAAAAUUCACCCUUGUGAGAAUCUUGUGACUAUUUAGAAAAAAAAAAAAAAAAGAAAAAGAAAAGAUAUUACAAGCCUGUCUAUCAUGCAUAUAAUUAGCCCUUUUCUAGGUUUGAUGUGGACAGGGCAGCAUUCCUAAAGCACCAUAAACACGGCCAGGACCAAUAAUGGCUUUAGGAGUGAAGUGAAGAAGUUCUCACAAUUAAGGUGGGGAAUGAGGGCAGCUACAGACGGGUACUUAAAUACAGAGAAAGGCAGGUCUGUGUGCUCACUGUGGGCUCAGGUGCGGAGACAACACCUCCCUCAGAUAGCUUGGCUUGGAUUAAAGAUCUACCUGCAGCAUGAAGGCAACAGGUGCCUUAGUGCUUCUCAGCCUACUGCUGCUCUCUUUCUUCUCAGAUGUAGCAGGUCAAGACAUUGAAGAGAUUUGCAGAGAGUUUAUGAACAGAAGUGUGUUCUGCACAAGGGAGUCCAACCCUCACUGUGGCACGGAUGGCAUCACGUAUGGAAACAAGUGUGCCUUCUGCAAGGCUGUGCUGCUUUGCAGGCUACUGGUUGCCAUGCUGAGAGGCAGCAUGGGGCCCGGGAGGCAAUUGCAUCCUGCCUGUACCUUCUGCACGCACUAAAUUGAUGCAUAUUUCCCACUAUAUGCCACAGGCUGCAACUCUCACUGCCCACACUUCUGGAUACUGAGAAGUGUAUGGAGGAAUGUGGGAGCUGAGCAGUGCCAAAUUAUUCCUUAAAAGUCUGAAUGGGCUUUGUGGAAGAAGACACAAAACCUCAGAGGAAGAACCUGAGUUUCUCCUUCUCCUGUCACCUUUUAAAGGAGAUGCAACAGGAGCCAGCACCCCUGAACUGAUGGGUGCUUGCAAAACAUUGUUUUUUCCUUAGCAGUCCUUAACAUUUGGUGCACACUCAAGGCUGUCUUAUCCUAGGGGAAAUCAGGAACGAGCAAGGAGAGGAGCAAAUGGCUUGAUGUUCCCUGUGAGGCAUGCUGGCUUGUGUCAGGGAAAUGGUUCUGUUUGGACGGAUAAGCCCCUUGUCCCACACUGCACUGUCUGUCAUACACUGCUUUGUUUAAGUCUGGCUUGCUCCUUUUACAGGAGAAGUGGAGGGAAAAUAAGGUUGAAGCACCUGGGGAAAUGCUGAGUGCUCACUGGCACCGAGCAGCAGCAGCUGAACCCGCCCCAGCAGUGGCCACAGAUGCCUGUGCACGGACACCAGAGCAGCUCGCAUUCACCUCCACCAUCUCUGCUCAAUAAAACAAAACUCAGCACGA